GGCUCACGAAGCUCCGCCCCCCCCCGGUGGCCGGAGCAGCCGGAAGCCAGCAUGGCGGUUGCCGGGCCAGCGGCUACAGACCUAGAGGUGGUCCGGGGCAAGCGCGCCGCCCUCUUCUUCGCUGCGGUGGCCAUCGUGCUGGGGCUGCCUCUCUGGUGGAAGACCACGGAGACCUACCGGGCUUCGUUGCCUUACUCCCAGAUCAGUGGACUGAAUGCCCUGCAGCUCCGCCUCAUGGUGCCUGUCACUGUCGUGUUUACGCGGGAGUCAGUGCCCCUGGACGACCAGGAGAAGCUGCCCUUCACCGUUGUGCAUGAAAGAGAGAUUCCUCUGAAAUGUGAGUUCCUGAGGGUCAGGGCUGCCUUUCACGUGUGAGCUCAGUUCAGAGCU